CAAGUUAGUGCGCGCCCCGCCCGGCGCCGUCCGGGUCCCCGCGCCCUCCCGGCCGGGGAGCGCCGCCCGCAGCUCCGUGCGGUCCGAGCCGCACCGGAGAGCUUGCAGCACCAGCAGAGAGCUGCGCGUGUAGCUGAGGUGAUGACUGCGGUGGCAUGGAGUUCCCGGAGCACGGCGUACGACUGCUGGGCCGCCUGAGACAGCAGCGGGAGCUGGGCUUCCUGUGCGACUGCACUGUCCUGGUGGGCGACGCGCGCUUCCCUGCGCACCGCGCUGUACUGGCCGCGUGCAGUGUCUACUUCCAUCUCUUCUACAGGGACCAGCCCGCGAGCAGCCGCGACACAGUGCGGCUCAACGGCGACAUCGUCACGGUGCCCGCCUUCAGCCGCCUGCUGGACUUCAUGUACGAGGGCCGCCUGGACCUUCACAGCCUACCUGUCGAGGACGUCCUGGCAGCAGCCAGCUACCUGCACAUGUAUGACAUCGUCAAAGUCUGCAAGGGCAGACUUAGGAAGAAGGACCCAGAUCUGGAGACCCGCACGCUGGGGACAGAGCUUCCUGGUCAGCCACCACAACCCCUACCUUCCCUGUCCCCUGACUUCUGCCAAGCCGCACCAAAGGCCAAACCCCCAUCUCUGGGGGUCAAGGCUGCCCAUGCCCUGCCAACAUAUGGACCUCCGUCUUGGCAGGUCACAGGGGAGUCAAGUGGGGCCCUGGAUCUGUCACUGAAGCCUGGCCCAAGACCUGAGCGGGUCCACCCACCCUGUCUCCUCCAGACAUCCCUUUGCAGCUCCAUACAGCCAGGGGCCCAGCCUCUGGUGAAGGCUGAGCAAGACUCUUUCUCUGAACAAGAUAGCAGCGGCCCUCAGAGUCCAAACAGAUCCCCACCGCCAGCCUGUGCUUCUGCAGCCAAGGGCCUGGCAGUGGACUUGGAGCCACUGCACAUCCAAGGGACAGGCAGCCAGCAGCUUGGGCUGGGUGCCGAGCCAGUGGUGGACAGUGGGGAGCUGAGUCCCAGCAGGCACCUUUGCAUUUGCCCACUGUGCUGCAAGCUGUUCCCUAGCACCCAUGCGCUGCAGCUGCACCUCAGCGCCCACUUCCGAGAGCGGGACAGCAUCCGUGCCAGGCUCUCCCCUGAGGGGGCCGUGCCCACGUGCCCACUCUGCAGCAAGACCUUCUCCUGCACCUACACGCUGAAGAGGCAUGAGCGGACUCACUCCGGGGAGAAGCCCUAUACAUGUGUGCAGUGUGGCAAGAGCUUCCAGUACUCACACAACUUGAGCCGGCAUGCCGUGGUCCACACUCGGGAGAAGCCCCAUGCCUGCCGCUGGUGUGAGCGCCGAUUCACACAGUCUGGGGACCUGUACCGCCAUGUCCGAAAGUUCCACUAUGGCCUCGUCAAGUCCUUGCUGGUGUGAAGCGUUCUUUCCGUAACCCCAAGGUGGAGGAAGGGAAGGGGCCAGGUCUCCUGGGUGGGACUUUGGGACAGAGGAAGAAACCCUACCCAAAGCUAGAAGGUUCCGCCCGCCAACCUGAACAGGAGCUUCUUGGAUGGGUUGCCUCCACCUGCCCUUCGCUCUCCACCUCACACCUGAGCACAGGUUGUCUGUGCCUCAUUGUCCUCGCCAGCAAGGUUCUAGGAGUGUCUAGCCUGCCCAUUCACUGGGCCUGGGCUUCUCAGUGUGAGGUUAUGUAGUUUUCCUCUGUCCUGGGGCUCCCCCUGACCACCCUGCUGGGCCAUUUGAGAGUGUCCUUGUGUGCCUAGUGCCAUGACAGAAUGACUCACUCGUCAGGAAAGUCAUUAGUGCAAGUGUCUUAACAGGGUGCCCCGGCCACUCCUGGUGAGUGGCAGCAGGAACCCUUGUCGAGAAGGCCUCAGGCAUCACAAGUACCAGCGGUGGUCGUGGAGACACAGUGGGCCUUGCAGGAGGCAUCGCUCCAGUGGGGACCCAUAGCAUCGUGAGGAGGGUAGCUGAAGCUGGGGGUCCCUGGAGUGACCUGUUACUGGGGUGGAACGGGGAUGGAACUCUGGGCAAAGUCGGGGAUUUGGAAAUGGAUUCUCUUUAUACCGGAGCCUCCCGAGGCUCCCAUGUGUCUACUGCUGGGGUCAUGGAGCUGGGAAUGGCAGAGCCUGCCAUGAGCCAAGUGUGCCAGCAGGCUUGACCCUGGGGGUCACUCUCUGCUUUCUAAGGGUCUCCCUGGAGCUGUAGUCAUUCGCAGGCACCAAACACAAGGCCAAAGCUUGUCCAGCUUAACAAGAGCAGUGUUUGCUGUGCCACCUCCCGCUGUGGGGCAUGCGUAGAAGCAGCUGUCACAGGGAGACGGGAGGCAGACCCUCCCCUUUCAUCUACAGCCCUGGAAGGAAGGCUGGUACCCUUGGAAUGUAAAGGGCUUUGUCUUCCGACGUUGUCAUGGAUAUGGGUCACCUUACUUUGAACACUUGCUCCCAAGCAAGCCUUGCCAUCCCAGAACCUUC